UAAUAAUGAUGUGUGAGACACACAGACACACACACACACCAAGAGAGAGUUUCGGCAGUUUUUGUCGGACUUCAUCGUCAGAAACCAGCAUCAGGUCAGUCAGUCAGUCAGUCAGUGCUAGCCGAGGGCGUCCCAAGCCAGCCCACUCCUCCAUCCUCGCUCUCCAAUUCGUGGCAUUCACUCACUCGCAUACUAUUGGCAGAUUAGUGUGUAUGUAGGUACUCAAGCCCGACCCACAUCCCGAGCCACGUCCCAGCCUCAUGUCCGCUUUUCCGCCCUGCCCCAAGGUGGAGCUCUGCACCGACCUCAAGUCAUCCGAGUACGACGGAUUGGUCGUGGUUGCUCACACCAUCAAUGAUUUGCCCAUCGAGGAUGUCAAGCGACCGCUCAAGGCACUCCAGGCUCUGGACAAAAAGGCCGAUAAGAGCCUUUUUAUUCUCCCGUGCGACCUGCCCUGCCAACGAAUCAUCUUCUCCGGCACCGGUCCCUUGACCCGGGAUCAUGACGAUGUCCGCAGUUACGCCGAGGCCGCUCAAAAAGGCGUGGCACGAGCUAUCGAAGCCGGCUGUCAAGCGCCUUGCCUCUUCUUCCACGUCUUGGAUAAGUUCCCGCAAGCGGCUUUAGUCACGGUCUUGGGGGCUUUACGAGGCCUCUACGUUCCAUUGGAGGUACGCGAGGCUCAGCCCGACCAGGCUAAAAAGGUCCAAAAGAUCGGCAUCUUUGACCACGACCACAAAGUGGCCCAAAGACUGGAUCUUAUUCAAGCUUUGGAAGCCGGGCGAAUCGUCAGUCGUGAUAUCGGCGGUUCCGAUCCUGAACGAAUGGCCGCUCCUCGUGUCGAAGAAUAUGUCCGUCGAACCUUUGAAAACACCGGAAUCAAGGUGGAGGUGAUCCAAGGCCAAGCCACUUUCGAAAAGGAUUACCCUUGCUUUGCCGCCGUCAACCGUUGUGCCAGUGGGAUUCCUCGCCAUGAUGGGCGCAUCAUUUGGCUCACGUAUGAACCCGAAGGCCCCGUGGAAAAGACGCUCAUGUUGGUGGGCAAAGGCAUCACCUACGACACCGGUGGCCUGGACAUCAAGGCUGGAGGCGUCAUGGCUGGAAUGUCUCGGGACAAAUGCGGAGCCGCGGAUGUGGCCGGCAUUCUCAAGGCCAUGUCCAUGAUCCAACCUAAAGGCGUAAAGGUCAUCGGGGCCAUGGCCAUGGCUCGCAACAGUUGCGGGUCCAAUGGUUACGUCUCCGACGAGAUAAUUACCUCACGAGCCGGCGUGAGAAUCCGAGUGGGAAACACGGAUGCUGAAGGUCGAAUGGCUAUGGUGGACGUCCUUUGCCACAUGAAGGAGAAAGCUCUGAACGAAGUCAAUCCUCACAUGAUGACGGUGGCGACCUUGACUGGCCAUGCCUGCUUAGCCAUGGGUCCUUACACGGCCGUUAUGGACAAUGGUGCGGCCAGGAAAAUUGGCUUUGCACAAGCCCUCCAAAAGGUGGGUGAAGACUUUGGCAAUCCCUUUGAGAUCAGCUCUUUGAGACGGGAGGAUAUGGAGAAGAACCGGGACAAGUCCGGUGAAUUUGUGGCUAUUUUUCAAGGCAAUAAUGCGCCCUCCACAAGAACUCCCAGGGGACAUCAAAUGGCUCCGGCGUUUAUGAUUGACGUUUCCGGUUUGGAUAAACACAUGAUGGAGGAUGAGAGGCCCUUGAAGUACUCUCAUUUGGAUGUGGCUGGAAGUUCAGGGGACCUGCCCGAGCCCACCAAUGCCGCCUCCGUGAUACCGUUGGUCAUGAACACCAUCGGUUGUUUCUAAAUAAUAUUAAACACGACUCAAAUCAUUCACAAUUUUGUACGAUUUCAAUAGACUAUUCGGUUCUUUUUUAAA